AUGGAUACCAGUUACAAGAACCAGUUGCCUCUUGUUCAAGUCCAGGAUGGAGAAGUAGACUUUUUCUUCAAUGGACGUGAUGAUGAAUCAGAAUACGACUCUCAAGAUUCAAACGCUGAGGAUUAUGCAAUGAACCAGUACCGAGAAGGAAACCUACGAGAGAUGAGUGAAUCCUCAGAUGAACCACAAGACGAGGAGACUUCUGAAACCUCUGAAGAAUCACAAGACGAAGAGACUUCUGACGCCUCAGAUGAAUCACAAGACGAGGAGACUUUAAAACGACAUGUGGGAAUGCUCCUUGGAGACGACAGAGUUUGA